UCUAGCCUUUAUAUCCAAUGAUUGUUACACCAAAUCGUUCUACUGGUCAUUACACAGAUUGGCGAAUGUUGAGAGAUGUAAAGCGUCGGAAAAUGGUAAAAGACAAUGCUAAACUAAGGCUCCAAAUUAAUGCCUUACGUAAAAAUGAUAUUCUUCCAAGACAAAUACGAGAUAUUGCAGAUGCAGAAAUUGCUGCUCUUCCACUUGAUACUGCUCCAGUAAGAUUACAUGGACGAUGUGUGAUAACUUCUCGUGCAAGAGGAAAACUGACACGUUGGAGAAUGUCAAGAAUAGUUUGGAGGCAUCUUGCAGAUUAUAAUUAUCUUUCAGGUGUUCAAAGAUCUAUAUGGUAGAAAUGUAUAUAUAAUUUUUUUUUUAAUAAUAAUAAAUUGAAACUUGUUAAAAUAUGGAUGAUUUCUUAAAAGUUCAAUAUGAAAUAAAUUAGCAAACUGUAA